AUGCCCGGUGACUUCGCUAUCACGUGACUCUUACUUCUGUCCCUAAGAGGCUCCAGUAGAAUCUCUUCCGGUAGAGCAACGCAGCUGAGCAGUGUUAGCGGUUUCUGUGAAGGUCGUGAGUCCAACUAGUAGUCCACCAUGUCUCUGCCAAAGCCUGUGAUGAGAGGGCUGCUGGGAAAGCGUCUGAGGUUUCACCUGCCCAUUGCUUUUACUCUGUCCCUCAUUUCAGCGGUUGCAUUUAAGUACGCAGUGACAGAGCCCAGGAAACAGGCCUAUGCCGACUUCUACAAGCAGUUUGACUCUGUCAAAGAGUUCAACGCCAUGAGGGAAGCUGGCAUCUUUGAGAGCGUGCGGCCGUCUGGAGAGUAAAACCACGCUCGUCCUCCCAUGAUUCAUUCCUGCUCUGAGGAUGAAGUUUCUUCUCGCCCCCUUGGAUAUUAUUUACUGAUUAGAUGAGAACAUCGCUAUGCUGUUUUGUUCCUCUAAAUAAAAUAUUCUAUUAAUGUUA